AAAGAUGUCGUGAAAGAUGUCCAGAAAAGAAGGUUCUACAUGGACCUGACGGCCUGGCCAAGAGUCGUCCACGGCGUGGUCUCGAUGCGAGGACACAAGCUCGCUUCGAAGGCCCAGUCUGUUGCAUUAGUGGAUAAAGCCAUGGCACAAUUUAUAACAGCGGCCUGCCCAAUAAUUUAUCCAUGCUUCAAACCUCUCACACUUGACCGAAAUCAAUAAACAAUCUACCAUGCCUCCCGCUAUGCUCGACGUGGUCGCCAACAGCGAUGGCAACGGCAGCGACACCGCAACGCCCCGAGUGGCCUCGGAUACCUUCCUUGACACCACACCAGGCCCCGAUCACGACUGGCGAAUCACCCUGAAAGACAAGGUCAUCGCCAUCACCGGUGCCAACAGGGGCAUCGGGCUGGCCCUCGCAGAGGUCUGCCUAGCAAACGAGGCGGCAGCCGUGGUCAGUUUGGACAUAUUCACACCCGGCGACGAGUUUGCCGCUCUUCGAAAGGCCUAUCCCAAGCGCCUAGACUACAUCCACUGCGACGUGACGUCCGAGGAGAGCGUCACCUCGGCCAUCGACGGGGUCAUUUCCGCCCGAGGCGCCAUCCACGGCUUCAUCGCCAACGCCGGCAUGACCAAGCACCAGCCGGCGCUGGAUUUCAGUCGCGCCCAGCUGGACAACCUGUUUAAUCUCAACGUGUUUGGCGCCUACUUUUGUGCUACGACUGUUGCUCGCCGGUUCAUCGAGCUGGGCAUCAAGGGAUCUAUCGUCUUCACUGCGUCCAUGACAUCCUAUCGCCCCAACCGCGCAGCGCCCUCGGCUCCCUAUGGCGCGACCAAGGCUGCCGUCAGGAACAUGACCCACACGCUGGCCAUGGAGUGGGCAAAGCAUGGCAUUCGCGUCAACUCGGUCUCGCCCGGUUUUAUCAAGACGGCCAUGACCUACUUUGUGGAUCAGGCCCCGGACUGGUCCCUCAAAAUGCAAUACUAUGGUGGCAUGCCGAGAUUGGCCGAUCCCAAGGAACUCGGGGGGGCCUAUGUGUAUCUGCUCUCUGACGGAGCUUCGUAUACGACAGGUAUUGAUAUUCCGGUGGCAGGUAUUGUAGGCGCGUGGUAG